GACUGAUACUUGUGCCAAAUGGUGAAAACUUGGGCUAUGCGUUCGGUGACACCAAGGGAAAUUAUACAGCCUCGUUCAUUCAUCGCACGUCAGCAAAGUCUAGAGCCGAAGACCUUCCACCUCCACAGCCGUCAUCUCAUACGUGGGGCAUAUUUUUCACAAUAUUGGGUACUGUACUGUUGGACUUCGACGCGGAUGCCUGUCAAAGUCCAGCAAGGGCUUAUCUGCUCGACGUAACGCUGCCAGAGGACCAUGCAAGAGGAUUGAGUACCUUCACUAUAAUGGCAGGUCUAGGUGGUUUCAUGGGUUACGCUUUAGGAGGAAUAAAUUGGGAUGUUACAGCUAUUGGGCAAGCCUUGGGUGGACAUCUUCAUGCGACUUUCACGCUGAUCACGAUAAUUUUCAUCAUCUGCGUUGCAAGCACUCUUACGAGCUUCAAAGAAAUACCACUUGAUUUUCUGGAGAGCGAAGAAUGUCAGCAGCAGCUACAUCUGAAGUUGGAGGAAGUACGAUUAGAUGGAGAAAGAGAAAAAAUAGCUGGCGGAACUCCUGCAUCCUACGGGACACUUGGAAACGAAGAAGAUUUAGAUAUUGAAAAGUCCGAG